GUGCUCGGCGACGUCGGCGCAACCCCGGACAGCUACGAGGACUCGCAGCCCACGGGCCUCACGCAGCCCCUGGCGGAUCUGGUGGCGGAGUCCCCGUUUGCCGUGGGCCUGACAGCGACACAGCCCACGGCAACGGUGACCAAUGUUCCGCCCAAUGGCAUCAGCACG